AUGGCAACAGGUAGUAGUACUGACCAUAAAUCUUGCUGUCAAUGUAGCAUUCGUUCAACUGACACAUGUAAUGGAUGUCAUCAAGUAUUUUGUAGUGAUCAUAUAGAUAAACAUUAUAAAAAAAUUAGUAAACAAAUGAAUAACAUAGAACGAGAGAAUGAAGUUCUCAAGCAAGAUCUUACUCAGCAAACUUUAUCUACAGCACUAACAGAUCAAAUUGACCAAUGGGAAACGGCUUCUAUUGAAAAGAUUAAAAGUGCUGCACAAUUAGCUAGAACAGACGUACAAAAGUUAAGUGAGGAAUCAAAUCACUAUAUUUCUAAUUUGAUCAAUAAACUAUCCAAUGAUUUGCAGCUAAAUCAAAAGCAGAAUGAAUGCAACGAAUAUUAUAUAAAUCAAUGGAAGGAGCAACUCAACAAAAUACGUCUGGAGCUUGAAAAAUAUUCUAAAAUGGAAUUAUUCUACGGCAAUGGUUCACCCCCUUACAUGAUAAAAAUUGAAGUCCCCGGUAAAACAGAACGGAACCAAGUGGACAAGACUUUUCCAAAUGUAGAUCGUUCACGUGAAACACCAGCAGAAAUUGUUAUAUCGAGUAGGCUGUCAACCGAUACUAGCUUAACAAUGCAAAGUUUACCAUUACAGUAUCAAAUGUCAGCAUACCCAAGCGAAUUAUUUGGUUUGAAUCAAUCAAAUCAGAAAAAAAUUAAUUCUCUUUUUGAACAUCUUAUGCGUUUGAAUCCCAUGGAUAAAAAUGGGCCGAUGAGUGGUAAAUGUGACCGUCAAACUGAUCAAAUGAAUCAAUUCCUUUCCCAAACAUUUGGUUUCAAAAAUAUUCCAGAUAAAUAUAUUGUGCAAGGUGUGAAGUCAUUUGAAUUGAAAUAUCCUCCUGAUUCUAUGAAUUCUAGUGGCGAAAUCAGUUUUCCCACAAAUACUAUUGAUGCAUUCACAAUGACAGUAGAAGAAAUUGUGCGUUGGCAACAUUCAUUUAGAGUCUAUGCCGACGUCAAUAUUAAAGGAAUGAACAAAAAAUUUCUUAAGCAGGCUCUAAAAGGGAAGAGUAAAGACGGCAAGGAAGCUUUUCGUAUGAAAUUCGUCGUACGAAUUUCAACAUGUCCAAUCUUGAUGGAAUUCGAUGCUAAAGUGAUAUCUCGAAAUUUAGAGGAUAAAUGGCCUAAUCGAAUCAAACUUGUUUCCGUCACUGGUAUAGAUUUCGCUGGUCGAAAACAUGAUGUCGGUGAUAUACUAUACUAUCUGUCGAAUUGGAGAAAAGUUUUCUACACUGACCAAACAACAGGAUUACCAUCUCUCUAUAAUGCAAGAGAUUUUCAUCAACGGCCUGAUGCACAGCCAGGCAAAAUUCAGAAAGAGCGAGUUCGAGAUAGUUUGAUGCGUAUGACUAGAAUACGAUUGCAAGCGUGUGAUAAAGAAGGUGUUCAGAUAGUUGUUGAAACAGGUAUUGGACUUGGUGUAUUUGCUGGUAGUCAAAUUGGAAUCGACGCAGAAAUACGAGCACUCUCAGCAGAAGCUAUUCGAAAAGUACUCGAACAAGACGGACCAUCCUACACUAACAUUCUUGCUAUCGUCUUUGCGCUACCUAUAUUCAAUAAAAGUGGAUCGAACCAUCCGGUUUCUAAUACUUAUGAUGAUUAUGUGAAUGAGUUUCAACAAGCGAAAUACAAAGGUCCUAUACCAGUACUAAUUGCUGAUCAAGACAUGCAUCGAUUAACUGUAGCUAUUGCUCGUCAAGGAUUUAUUGUGUCUGAACUAAAUCCUGCUGAUUCACAUGGUGUUUUUGGUGAAUAUUGGCAAAAUCGAGGACCAGCUGUAGAAGAAAAACUAGCUUUGACAACAGCCGGUUUACUCGUACAACAUCAUCUUAUCAAUCGAGAAGUUCUUGAUGACAGUAACUAUCGGUUAAUAGAAAUAAACGAUGCACCCGUUUUGGACUGGAAAGCCGCUAUGGGUGGGAAACAAUAA